AUGUGGUUAAAAGCUCCAGUCAUAGUGAAGACUAACAGGGAGCGUUGUACCAUCAACUACUCCAGAGCAGUUCAAUUUGCCAAGGCAAGAAACAUUGUUUUAGUGCGCUGGCCUUCCCAAUACAAAAAGUGGGAGGGUAAGCCCGAAAAUGAAUCAGAUGUUGCUGAAAUGAUCGAUCACGAUUCUGCUUUUUGGGAUUUUUUUGUUCCUGAGGGGCCAUGUUACUUAACCGAUACAAUUUCAAAGGAAAGAAAACUUUGCAAUGGAACAAGAGCAGAAUAUCAAUCCCUUAUUCUUGAUGACGUACAAUUGUCAGUUUACCAGCACCAAGUACAGAACAAAGACCAAACCGUGAUAACUUUGAGUGAUCCGCCCCUUGGAAUUAACAUCAAAAUAAAUGAUAGCGGAAUCAUUGGGGCAACAAACUGGGAGUCCUUUGAAACCUAUCCAGAAGGAAACAGAAAAGGAGCAGAAGUUGUAGUGCCCAUUCGUCCGGGAUGUUGUAACAGCAGAGACCGUCAAAUGUUCAACAAGUCACCUAAUCUAUUGUUGGGCCCAUCACGAGUUACCACAAACAAAGCAAAAUCAAGCUUUACCAUCUAUUGCGGACCACAAGAAACAGCUGUUGCAAAAAUUACAGUUGCUUACGUGGCCUACUAUCUUGGAAGUGGGUUUGUUGCGAAGUGCCUUGCAUUUGGAAAAAGAUGUGCAGACAGCAAUCUGAAUCAGCCUUCAUUUAUUGUGCCACUUGGAGACAGCAAUUUUGACACUGCUCCAGACUCUUGCCUAUGUAAAUUGGACAAGAAUGGUGCAAGGGUCAAGAUUUUACGGUUUGUUCAAGGCGCUAGUAAUUGUUGCUUGGGGUUUUUGCUUGCAAAUGCUUUGCAUCAUCUGAACUUUCAUGAAGAGGCAGAUUCUCUUUAUCGAUGGUCCCAUGAGUUGAGCAAGCACAAUGCCACUGUCCAAUUCAAAAAGCUUUCCCGUUGGGUGCAGACGUUGGUUAAAGGAGUGACCUGUUUGUCUUUUUUAGAGUCAAGGAAAUUUGACAGGCUGGAUGGAUUGUUGCAAUGCAUCAGUCUUCUUAGAGAACAAGACCUUGUCGUGUUUGUACCACAGGCAAACGAUGGGACAAAGACCCAUGCUGUUACAUUCUGUUGUGGAUUAAUAUUUGAUUCCACACAACAGUAUCCAUUGAGGCUGUCUGAAGAGUCCCUUAAAUUUAUUGCUGGUUUUGCUGGCAUUUGGCGUGCACGGCUGUUUCGCUUUGGCAAGUAG